UGUGUACGCACUCGGGUGAGUGGCAGCUCCAACCUGAAGAAUAGGAGGACCGAGGACAGUCAGCGAGAGGGCCAUGCAUUCUCGGCGCCUCAGUAAGCGAUCGGUGCUGGGCAGCGAGGUGAGCCAAUGGGAGCCAGCCUCGGACCCGGAGCCAGCGCCUGUGGCGCAGACGGAGGCAGGAGAAUUGGGCGCACAUAAGGAACGCCAGAGACCCACCUGCCCCGGAGAGGGGCAUCUGGAGUGGCCCCGCAAGACAGAAUGCUUAAGUCAUGAACUCAAUCCUACCGUGGAACAGAAUUUUACUUCAAAGCUACAAAUGGCUGCCCAGGUUAAAAAGGGAAACAAAAUGGACAAAAAGAGUUCUAGCAGUGGUUUCAAUCAAGAACCCGAAAUGAAACAAGAGCACAGAAGAUCUAUCUGUCUGCUAGAGGAAAAACGCAAAGUGGUUUCAUCAAACAUUGAUGUUCCUAGAGCAAGGAAAUGUGCAGAUGAGGUGGAUAUGGAUAAAGUGACAGCUGCCAUGGUGCUGACCAGUCUUUCUACAAGCCCCGUGGUUCGCAGCCCUCCUGCUCGACUUACUGAUAUGAAUGGUUCCUGGAAGGAGUUAGGGUUCUUUACUUCCAGUAGUAGUGACUAUUGGAGUUGGGGUACACCAAGUGACUACUCGAAUCCUUCCACACCAUCGCCACCACUCUCUGCAGACAGCUUCAAACACUUCCGAUCACCUUUUCACCAAGAAGAAACCAUCGAGGAAACAGAAACUGGCAGUGUACUUUUUGAGGAGACUAUUCCAAGAAAAAGGAAGAACUCCAUGAAAGUGAUGUUUAAAUGUCUCUGGAAGAGAUGUGGGAAGACUUUGAGCACAGCAGCUGGAAUAAAGAAACACAUCAGAACUAUUCAUCUGGGAAGUACCGGAGAAUCAGAUGAUAAUGAGGGGGAAGAAGACUUUUAUUAUACGGAGGUCAGGCUGAACAAGGACUCUUUGGAAGGUCUCAGUAGCCUCCCACCUGUAUCACCCUCUUCACCAUCACCUCCCUCAACAGCAUUUUUCCCAGACGCCGGAAGCUUGGACAAUCCAGCCAAAAAAGAGAGUCCACUGAUCACACCUCUUAGUAGUUCAGCUCCUGGCACAUUUUUACUUCUAACUUCAGACCAUGCAUAUCAGGCUUCUCCCCCGGUAAAUAUUCCAGGCUCAAAAAAGCUCCAUAUCAAUAAUGUCACUUCGUUCGCUGGCAACCCAGUUUCAAGAAACAUCUCCACUAGCUACGAGGAGCAUAGACAAAUUGGACAGACAGGGAUCUUAUCCCCUACAAGAGCAGGAAUGGGAAUGAGAAAGCCUCGCGGGGAACAUAAAAAGUGUCGAAAAGUGUAUGGAAUGGAAAACCGGGAUAAAUGGUGUACGGCAUGCCGCUGGAAGAAAGCCUGCCAAAGGUUUCUCGACUGAGUGUAGACAAAGUUCUAGCGGUGAUGUUCACGGCCAGUGAGGGAGAUCCAUAUUUUGUUCCAAUCUAUGGCACAUGGAAAAGAUAAAGUAAAUGAACUAAAAUGUGCGUUUUCCAGGAAACAAAUCAGCUCUUGUGGUGAACUUAACACAAAGUACUGGGACCCUCUGCAUGUAUAUAUUCUGUUUGG